AUGCUCUCGACUGUGCCACGUCUCCUCCAAGCCGAUCCUACGACGAAAGACGGCCUCCCAGGUAGUAUCACGGCCCCUCUAGGCGACAUGACCAUGCCCAACUCAAACCCCAUUCAACCCGUACGACACGAUCGCCCUUGUGACUCGUGCCGUCGUCGCAAGACCCGUUGCCAGAUCGAUCCAGACACCUCCACUUGUGUAAUGUGCCAAUUUCACAAACAGGCCUGUACUUUCAUCGAGGAUGCAGCUCCCAGGCGGCGGAGACCUGCGAACCCCCUUGCCUCCUCCGAUGGGACUGCAGGGUCGGCUACUGCCUUAGCUCGGCAAAGACGAUCAGGCUCCGAGGGCAAUGGCCACGCCCCACGACCACAAUCUACCGACACCGAGUCCCUUCGUACUGGUCCAGUUAUUAACGAUUAUGCCAACUUGCAGGGUGAGUCUUUGUUGAAGAAGACCCUCGGUCUGCAAAACCAUCGAUAUGCAAAAUACAUCGGCCCUACCGAUGAGCAUGACUUUGCUCUACUCGACCUUCGACUCUAUGACGACGUCAAGGGGGAGAGCCCUGCUGAUCAAGGUUCCUUCCGCAAAGUUGGCCCAAAUGAGUUCUUCCACCAAUAUGCCGACGCGGACUCGCCUAAUCAUUUCAGAGAGGUUGAGGAACUCGACAACAUAGAGCGAAUAGUUGCACCUCAUGGUGAAGCUCUGAUCAAACUCUAUUUCAGGAUCGUCCACCCAAGUUUCCCUAUCCUACACAAAAAGGUCUAUCUCGAAAAGUAUAGUAGAACGCAUCGGGAAUUCUCGCCUCCACUACUCGCCGCGGUCUAUAUCCUCGCUUUGAACUGGUGGUCGUAUAGUACAGAACUGGCGAAGCUGAACAAGCCUGACGUCGCCGAACUGGAGGACAUCGCCUACCGUACAUUACAAGAUGUAUCACACAGAGCCAAGCUGUCUACCGUGCAAGCUGGGCUGCUGUUGUUGCAACGCCCAAACAGCAACCAAGCGUGGCAGUUGACUGCCCAAUUGGUGGCCAUUGGCCAAGAUCUCGGGUUACACCUGGACUGUUCCAACUGGAGAGUCCCUGCCUGGGAACGUGGACUUCGUAAACGAUUGGCUUGGGCUCUAUUCAUGCAAGAUACCUGGUCGGCUCUAAUAUAUGGUCGACCUCCUCACAUUUCUGCGGCCAACUGGGCCGUGCAGCCGGUCAUAAGCAGCGACUUCCCGGAAAGUGCAGCCGAUGAAGAUGAGGAAGAUGGUAGUGCCGAGGUUGAGAAAGGACGAACAUUGUUCAGUGCCAUGAUCACGCUUACUAAAAUGCUUUCCGAUGUCUUGGAUGCAUUGUACUCUCUCAGAGCGGAGACAGAGUUCAAAAAUUCCUACGAUUCCACUAAAAUGAUAUUGGAAAAAGCGAAACCAAUACAAUUGAAACUACGUUCUUGGUAUUCCGAAAUGCCUGAAGCCCUACGUAUGGAUAAUACACGAGUCGGAAAACUCAGCUCGGUCGGAUACCUUCAUCUUGCUUAUUUCGCCACAGAGAUUACCCUUCACAGACGAGUCUUGCGUUCUCUAUCGCACAAUACAGAUCCUUACAUGAUACAAAUCUGCCGAUCAGCAGCCAAAGCACGAUUGAUUAGUGCGAUGGAUUUCUUCAACCGUCUCAAGCCAGAACAUUUGCAAUCAUUCUGGUACUUUGCAUCCAAAUUCAACUUUGCAUUGAUCGGAACGUUUGCGGGACUUUGUUUUGUAACGUCAGUGAGUCAGGAAGAAGCCGAGUUUUACCAGAGACGUCUACAGGAAUACCGUUGGACCUUGCGAGUCUCCAACAAGAGCGCAGAAUUCCUAGAAAUCGCCAGUGGUAUUCUUGAAUCCGCGGUUGGUUCGCUCCUGAAGGCUGCAGACACGAUCGAUAGCAGGAGGCUAUCAUUUCCAAUGUUGCAGGCACAACCCGAGGAAGAUGACACGGCCAUGGAUACGUUCUUCACUGGUGCGAGCGAUGAAUUCUAUGACACCCCGAUGCAUCCCUGA